AUGAAUAAAACAAUUCUUAACACUCCACAACCACCAGUAUCUGAUUAUUUAGAAUGGGUUACAUAUUCAAUAUUAGUUCAUGAAGUUGAUGAAAAAUUUGAAGGAAUAAGAGAGAAAUUAAAACAGUCAUUAGCUGAGUCAUAUGGAACAAUUGAAGGAGUAGAAGAGAAGAAUUUUAAAAGUAUGUGUGUGUCUAAUGCCAUUCAUAUUUUAACACAAAGUAAUUAUAAAAAUGAAGUAAUAAAAUAUUCACAACGAUGUGAUUGGCCAUUAUUACAUUUAUAUAUUAUAUCAAAUAAUGAUAAUGAUGGAUUAAAAAAAAUUAGAACAAUUAUAAGAGAUUGUACAAUUAAACAAAUUCAAAUUAUUGUUAUUGCAAUUGGAGGAGAAUUAAGAAAUAAUAAAAGAUUUAAUAAUGAAUCAGCUGAAGUAAAAUCUUUUUAUUUACAACCACAACUACCUGAUUGUGAUGUACAAAUUAAAGAAUUAUUAAGUGUUAUAGCUAAAUCAGUAGUAAAUAAUUAUGAAGUUUAUUUAAAAGAAUAUGAAGAAGAAAUUAAUAUUAAACCAAAUAAUAAAUACCUUGAAGAAGCUAAAAGAUUUGCAUCAUUAUGUUUUGAAGCAUCUAUUCUUUCACAAAAAGUUGGAGAUUAUACUAAAGCAGUUCAUUUUAUUAAAAUGGGACUUGGUCAAUUAGAUGUUUCAGGAACAAGUGUUGAUGAAGAUAUUAAAAUAUUAAAAAAUAAUGUUGUUAAUUUAAAAGAAAUUAAUUUUAAAAGAGAAUUAGAAUUAAUUACACCACAAAGUGUAUAUACAGCAUAUAAUAGAUUAGAAGCAUUUAUUUUUAUGAUUUAUAGAAUGAUUGAUUUAUAUUCUAAUCAAAAAAAUUAUUCAUCACUUUGUAUAAGAUUUAAUCAAGUACUUGGAAUGAUGGAAAAAUAUUUAGAAAGAAUAAAUCAAAAUGGAAUUACAUUACCAUUUUUAUAUAAAGAAUUAUUUAUUAUUGAUAGUUGUAAUUGUUUUUUAGAAAGUAAUAUACAAUCAUUAAGUCAUUUUAAAUCAACAGAUAUUAUUUUUAUUUAUAUGUAUAAAAUGUUUACUAUUAAACACAUCGGUGAAACUUGUUUUACUUUUGAUUGUUCUCCUGAUUUUAUUCAUUUUGAUAUGGAUUUUGUUCAUAAAGCACCUCCAUUACCUGAACAAGUAAAAUUACCAAAUUGUAAGAAUUCUAUUUUACCUGAUAUUAUUAAAAAAAAAGAAAUAUUUGAUAGAGAAUUUGAAUUGAUUUUAAAACAAUGUAUUGAAUUAACUCCAGAAAAUUAUAAUAGAAAUGGAACUAAUUUUCUUUUUAAAAAAUUACUUGGAUUAUUAUAUUUUGAAUUAAAUAGAAGAGAUGAAGCAAAAGAAUUAUUUAAAGAAAUUAUAUUAUCAAAUACUGCAGAUGAUAUUACUAAAUGUUUUUGUUGUAUUCCUGCAUUACAAUGUAAUUGUGAUAAUACUUUACUUUAUGCAAUAUAUAUAUUUUUAUUAACUUAUCAUAGAGAAGAUAUUACUACAGUUUAUAAAAAUGUAUUUAAACAAAAUAAUGAUAUAUUAAAAGUUAUUCAACAAUCUACUAUUUAUUUACAUUUAAAUGAACUUCUUUCGAAUUGUAAAGAAAAUAUAAAUCUUUGUAUUCCAGAAUUUAUUCAUUUCUUUUCAAUUAAUGUUACACAAGGACAUGUACAAUUUUCAUUUGAAAGUAAGUUUAAAGAAGAAUUAAAAGAUGUUAAAAUUGAAUUAUUAUAUAAAAAUAAAAUAGGAGAUUCUUCUUCAAAUAUAAAUAAUGUAACAAUAAAUCCACAUGACAUUAUUAGAUUAGAUUUUGAUUUAAAUCUUGUUGGAUUAAUUACUUUAAAUCAAAUGAAUAUUUAUUUAAGUGAUUAUUUAUCAAUAACUAUUCCUAUUAAUCAACAAGUAAUGGUUAGAACAAGUAAACCUCAAUUUACUUUUGCUUUACAACCACCAACAUUUAUUCCUUUAUUUUUAGAAGAUUGUAAUCAAUCAGUUGUGAUGACAAUUAAUAUCAUAGAACCAGUUGAUUAUAUUGCAAUAGAUAUUGACUGUCAAUGUUAUAAUAGAAAAGACAUUAUUAUAAAAGGAGCAGAAUAUGAAGAUUCACAAAAUAUUUUUAUUCUACGUUCAUUUAAAGAUAAGAAAAUUAUUAUUGAAUGUCCAUUAAAAAAUAUUAUUGAAGAAGGUAAUUAUGAAUUUAGUGUUAUAGCAACAGCACCUUUAUAUAUUCAUCGACAAAAAGUAAGUAUUCCUGCAUUCCCAUUAAUUAAUAAAAUUCAAGAAGGAGUUCCAGUAAUGAGAAAUGGAAGAUUAUUAAUAUCACUUCCUAUAUUAAAUAUUUGUCCAUAUUCAUUGUUGCUUCAUUCAAUAUCAUUUGAUAAAACAAAUUAUUUAAUAACUAUUGAUGAAAUGUUACCAGUAGGAAAAGAAAUAAAUUAUACAAUUGAUGUUACAGGAUUAGAAAAAACAACAAAAUUAGAUUUAUUAAUUCAAUUUAAAAAUGGAGUGUUAAGACUUCCAUUUACAAUUUGUUAUUCACCUCCAAGUUAUAAUGUUAAAAUUGAAGUACCAAAAAUUGUAAGAUGUUUAAAACCAUUUUUAUUAACAGCAGUAAUUCAGUCAAAUAGAAAAGAAGAUGAGUUAAUUAUUAUAAAAAUAGAUAAAUCACCAAAUAUCAUUAUUAGUGGAUUUGAAAAACAACAUGUUAUUAUUAAAGCUGGUGAAACUAUUACUUCUCAAUAUGAAUGUAUUGCAAUGGACUGUGGUUCUUUAUUAUUGCCUAAUAUUAUUUUAUCAUCAGAAAGAAGUUUAAUGCAUGUUUCUUAUGAAAAAGAUAUUUCUUCUUUAAUUGUUCUUCCAUUACAAUCAAACUUUUAUUCAUUUGCUUCUUUUAAAUGA